CCGCCGCCCUCGCGAGACGUGGCGGAGAGUUAAAAAAACGCGGGCCGGCGGGCGGGAGCGGACGGGUCGCUCUGUCGUUAGCACAGGUAGUGGUGAUGCCGGAGACUGGCAGCGGUAACGAGUGCAGGAAACAUAAUUGAAAAAAGUUGAAGGACUCUCGUCAUAACAGGACUUUCGCUUUUUAGAGGUGGUUGAAAUAAUUUUCAUUAGCUGGCAUACCCGGAUUAAACCAACAAUGCCUGCUGCCCCAGUUCUACAGCCUGUACUUAAAAUGAAAGUUGAUGAACUCUUUCUGUGCUGGUUGAGUGAGACAACCACACAGUCCAUGCUAAAAGAUUACCUGAAACAAAUAGAAAGUGGAGAACCAAUUGAUAUAGGCAUUGGUGAUGCAACGUAUGAACAAAUUCCAACUGGAAGCAAUAAUAAUAAUCAUUCUGAAUACAUAUUGGGGUAUUCAAAAUCCCCUUUGGUGACUUCUAAGUACUGCUCAAGUACUCCAUCACAACUUUCUUCUGCUCUCCCAUCCGGUACAUGUACAAGUCCCAGAAAUGGAUUAAAUUCUCGAACACCACGGAGAUCAUCAGGCACUAAAACAGUUCAAACGAAGAAAGAGAACCUUUUGCCCCCCACACUGAGCGAGUGCAUUCCGAAGUUCUAUUUUCCUCAAGGAUGCCCCAAGAAGACUCUUAAUGUAGAUGCAGUCAUUGCCAGGAUAGAAAAUGUGUUUACUCAAUUUGAAAAUGAAAAGGCUACCUUGGAAGACAUGGGAAAAAUUGCCAAAGUAUGUGACUGCCCACUGUAUUGGAAAGCCCCGUUGUUUUGUGCUGCUGGUGGGGAAAGAACAGGAUGUGUGUCUGUCCACAAGUUUGUCGCAACAUGGAGAAAGGUUUUGCAAAACUGUCACGAUGAUGCUUCUAAAUUCCUAUAUCUUCUGUCAAAACCUGGAUGUAACUACUUGGAGCAAGAAGACUUCAUUCCAUUGAUUCAGGAUGUGGUGAAUGUGCAUCCUGGGUUAACAUUUCUCAGAGAAGCCACAGAGUUUCACACUCGAUAUGUCACCACGGUCAUACAGAGAAUAUUUUACACAGUAAACAGAUCAUGGACAGGACGAAUAACAUGUACAGAAAUUAGGAAGAGCAACCUUCUGCAGAAUAUAGCCUUAUUGGAAGAGGAAGAUGACAUUAAUCAGCUCACAGAAUUUUUCUCAUACGAGCACUUUUAUGUGAUCUAUUGUAAGUUCUGGGAACUUGACACUGACCAUGACCUCUACAUUGAUCAGAAGGACCUGGCAAGACAUAAUGAUGAUGCAAUAUCAAAUAGAAUGAUAGAAAGAAUUUUCUCCGGAGCAGUUACGAGGCACAGAAAUGCUACAAAAGAAAGAAAAAUUGGUUAUGCAGACUUUGUGUGGUUUUUGAUUUCAGAAGAAGACAAAAAGACAGCAACCAGUAUUGAAUAUUGGUUCCGCUGUUUAGACCUUGAUGGAGAUGGAGUCCUUUCUAUGUAUGAACUGAACUAUUUCUAUGAGGAACAGUGCAAGAAGCUUGAAUGCAUGUCCAUUGAACCAUUGCCUUUUGAGGACUGCCUCUGUCAAUUGCUCGAUCUUGUUAAGCCAGAAUGUGAAGGAAAAAUCACACUUCAUGAUCUAAAGAAAUGCAAGAUGGCAAAUAUAUUUUUUGACACCCUUUUUAAUAUCGACAAGUACUUGGAGCAUGAGCAGAAGGAUCCUUUUUCUAUCCAGAGGCAGGAUGUGGAGAAUGAUGGACCAGAAAUGACUGACUGGGAGCGGUAUGCUUUAAAUGAGUAUGAAAAUCUGGUGGCUGAGGAAGCAGCUAAUGAAAACAGGAAUGAUGGAGACUCAGAACUAUCUGACUACUAAAAGAUACUGCUGUUCUAAAGAAACAAUGUAAAGAUCCCUUUGAAAUGACUGUCCUAAUAAUCAACGUCUAACGCACGAGUUUGAAAGGUCAAUGUUAAUGGAGAUUCUUAAGUUCACAGAGUGGAGUCAUUUUCUAUAGGUUAACAUUAUUUAUCAGCAUACAUUAAAAAUUGGUUGUUUGAUGUGAAAGUGCAGCAGGUCUGCUUUGAAGAAUUUUGAAAUAAAAUUAAAAUCUGUAUACAGAUGCUCCCUGCCCCUAACCUCGGGUUGUCAACAAUUGGUAAAUUGUUUUUACUUCAUUUUUAGUUUGAUUUGCCAUCUAAGGUUCUGUUUUUUUUUCCCAAUUUCAAAGUUUGAGAACAGAUGUCAAAAAUGUUAAACAAAGACAAAUGUGUUUGAGCUGCUUGCUCAUCUUCCUGGGAAUGCAGACUGUGUUUAUUGUGCGGUUAGCCACAAUGUACUUGACUAAUUCUGGAGUAAAUAUGAUCUUUGUAGUUGACAGAGUAAUUGGGUUCAAAAGCUAUACCUAAUUCUAAAAUACAAAAAGCAAUAUUGUGCAGCAAAGACAGCAGGGUAAGAUACAGGUGAUAAUUCAAUAGUUCCUUUUUUAAAUAGUGUUGGUAAACAAUGAAGCUAAAUGAAAAGCCAUAAAAACUGAUACUCCAUGCAGCAAUUAUUUGUUAGACAUAGAAAAUUGAUGUGUGGCACUUAAAAAUAAUAGUAUGGAUUUAUGCCUGCUUUUAGAACCUGAAGCUGCUUGUGUGUACUGCAGUAGUGAUACUUUGAUAAUUGUGACAUUUCAAUAUCUGGAUGCCUUAAAAUUCACAGUACAAUAAUUAGUUAUUUCUAUUGCCUGCCAUUCAAUUCCUGUUUGAAUCAACUGUCACAACAUUCCACAAGAACAAAAAUAAAUCAUCACUGAUAUAUGAACAAUUGCCCAGUAGUCACUCUGCACUGACCUUAAAUGUGCCUUGUGUUCAAAGGUUAAGAUUUUUUUACAUUAAAUAUUUGAAAUGAAAUUUUGCUUUAGCAAACUUUUAAGUUAUUAGAAUCUGAUGUACAUAUUUAAUUUGUGUACAAUUUGUAGAACCUUGCAGUGUAUAUUUGUGUUGAGUAAAUUCAUACAGUACUUUUGUGUUGAGACACAAUCUCAUGCGGUUUUCAAAAUAAAAGAGAUGUUUCAAUACUAUAAAUGGUUGUAUUUUCUAUUGCAGAGAUUCAGAAAACGCUGUUGGAGAAGUAAUCAGGAACAGAAUAGUAGUUCAGGUCUUGCAAUAUGUUGGAAUAAUGCUUACUGACUUGUAGCUGUGUUUCCAAUCCGACUGAACUAAUUUACUGCCAACACACACAAAAUGCUGGAGGAACUCGGCAGGCCAAGCAGUAUCUAUGGAAAAGAGUAUACUGUCGAUGUUUCAGGCCGAGACCCAAAAUGCAACUAUUUACUCUUUCAUUGAUGCUGCCUGGCCUGC